AUGGAGAUAAUGCACAAGGCAACUGAAUCUGCUUAUGAUGAAGAUAAUGGUAAAGGUAAGGAUGUAUCAAGCACGGAAGAAAACGAUCCAUGGAAUCCUUCAUAUCGAUGUGCCCCUCGUCCUUGUAAAGACUUGACUGACAAUGUCAAAUUAAUGAAGGAGGUGUUGAGGGAAAAACAUGUUUUGUUUGCUGUCUCCAGAGCAACCCAGACAAUCGUCCCAGACCGUACUCCUCAGUCAGUGAAUGAUGCCUUCGUCAACAAAUUACCCCGCUUGGUGCCCAUCCUGGAAAAGGAUAGUGUCAGGCUUUUUCUCAACUUAUUCAAGCAUGACUCAGUGGGAUUGGCUUGGGGUUUCGUCAUGACGCCACAGACCUUCAAUCAGAUGAUCGUGCAAAAUGCCCUGCGAUGUGCGAAAGUUGCCUUGGAGGGCAAGGCCCCUGAGCUCAAUGGGCACCGCGCCAAUCCCAACUACAUGAACUCACGUGGGUACUUUCCCCUCCACCAAGCUGCUGAAAUGUUCUCUGCUGACAUGAUCAAGUUGCUCUUCCACUAUGGCGCGUCGGCCAAUUUGCGCACAUCUGGCCCUGAAGUCAUCGAGGGCCUACUCCCACUACAUGUUGCAGUUGAGAAUGCUUGCCAGCAUAAGUUUCUUGAGGAAAACCUGUUACCCGACAAAGAGAAUACUGACUAUGUCUACAGGCUCAUUCAACUGGUUUGCUUACCUGAAAUGAAAAUCUUCUUGGAUACAGUCAGACUGAUUGCAGAAAGAACAGAUGAUCUAGUUGCUGAGGUCUGGAAAUACAUAAAGGAUGGAAAGCUUGCUGAAACAGCAGUUUUGCUCCUGGCAGCUCAAAAGAAGAUCCGCAUGGGAUCUUGUCUGAAGCCAGAUGGCUAUAGCAAGGCAGAUGGGUUUGCUGUUCUCUCUAAUCUAUGUACAGAGGAUGCUGUAGCCAUAGAUUUGAAGAUUACUCAAAACAGAGUUGGAAAGAAGCAGCAGCUGAAGGCGGAGAAAAAUCUCAGGCGUAUGGCAUUGAUGCUUGUUAUUGCAAUUUCCGAAGCUGGUGAAGCUCUUGAUUCAUACAUUCGGGCACAUCCAGAGGUGCCCAAUGCCAUGCAGGUGGCCCAUGUUGAGGUCCUGAAAGGUGUCUCAUCGAUUCUCAAGAACCAUGGUUUUUGUCCUACUGGAGAGUGCAUCAACAUAGAAAACCUCCGCCCAUAUGAUCAACAAUCGUCCAGGUUGUCCGAUGAAGAGUUGCCCAACAAACAUGGGUAUGCUACAGCUGAUAAGGAGGCUGCCAGGAAGAAACAACCUAGAGGAUGGAUGCUCGAACAUGCAAGGAGAAGCUUCAUCCCAUGCUGGAAAUCAGUGCUAUCAUCAACCAAGUUGGAAGCAAAGGCAUCUCCCUUUAGUCCCUUGAUAGAACUAAAAAGCAUGAGAGAGACUCAGGAAAUUUGGAAUAAAUCAGCAGCCGAAAGAUCCUCUUCAGUUCCAACUAAAAAUCUUGGUUUGCUGGGAAGAGUUCCGCAAUUAACAAGUAGUUAUCAAUCCAGAAGGCUGUUCUGUACUGCUACAUUGACGGCCUUCAAACUUUUAAAGCAUGCAUGA